AUGUUGGUAUUCAAAAGAGGUCUGUUGUCUGCGGCCUCAAGAAGGCUGGCAAAAUCGUCAAUCCGCCGCCUUCCGAUCUCGUCCCUGGGCUUCUCCGGCUUCCAACACCCCUCCAAGUUUCGGACUGUGGUCAGAGGCCUGGCUAUGUCGUCUUCUGGUGAUCCCACCCACAAUUCGAACCAAGCCGUCAAAACCAGCAGCGGCAGCUCGACAGACGGCAAUGAAAUUCCACAAGAAGUGUUGAACUUGAGCUCAGACGAAUACCACACCCGCUCCGAUCAGUUUCUGGAGACCCUUCAGGACCAGCUGGAGCAGGUCAGCGACUCGUAUCCACAAUUGAUCCCCGAUGUAGAACUGACGCAGGGUGUCAUGACCCUGACCGUCGCGACCGUGGGCACCUACGUACUGAACAAACAGCCUCCUAACAAGCAGAUCUGGCUGUCGUCGCCGGUCUCGGGUCCCAACCGCUUUGAUCUAUAUCGCCACCGCUGGGUGUCACUCCGGAAUGGCCAGGAUCUUCUACAAUUGCUAAAUCAAGAACUGAACGCUGUCAUGCCCGAGCCGGUGGAACUGCAGGCCGACCAGUGA